CCUCACCAAUGAGCACCACAUGCCCACAUCACUGUCUGCCUCAGUAGCCUACUUUCUGUAAAGUAAAGUUAUGAGAAUUUAGCGUCAUUUUUGCUCCUGCUGAGGCAUACUUCAUCCUUCUAACGGAUUAAGUAAUACUAGCCAAAGCCCUUCAACGUUACUGCAAUAGAAAUAUCUACUGGCAGCUAGCCACUGGACUGACCUACAGGGGUGAAGAUGUUUUGGGGUACUUGAACAUAUUGGAAAUGGAAGCGAACAACUUGGCAGUGAAGCAGCAGGAAUUUCGGCAGAUUAGUCGUGAGGAAGAGCUGAAUGCAACACUACAGGAACUCCUCACUAAAAGAGACCAGUUAAACGUUUAAAUAAAAGCAAAUACAUCCCUCCAGAAGCUGAGAACUCUACUGGACAAAACAGGUGUUCCAUGUGAGAGGGAUGAGGAUGACCUGGAGGAUGGCUCAGAGAACUCACAACUUCUGCUGUUGAUGGCUAGACACAGACAACUGCAGGACCUGCUUCAUGGUCACCACCUUAUCGGUGGGUAUGAUAUAGGUGUCUACCUUGAGACAUAUAACCUGGAGAUGAACCUGGGUUCUAAUCUGAGAAUUUGUCGCCACAACAUCCCUCCAUUCAUCCCCCUGGAGAGGCUGGUCAAGCAGAGCAACAUGCAGACAGACGUCAGGGCUUUCCUGUAUACCCUCAGCCAAUAUCUCAAUGCCUACGUUGGCCGCAAGCAGCAGCUGCACCUCAUCAAGGAGCGUCAUAGCUCUGUUUGGGUAAUGGAGAGUAAUACUCUCUCUACUAUACUGGUGCUGAUUUUCACUAUACCAGGAGAGAAAGCCGGGGCUGCACUGUGUACACUGGAGUAUGCUGACCACACACAAUGCCUGCCCAACCAGGUCAACAUAGUCUGAAGGUAGAAUUCAUAAAUACCAUCUAGAUACUUAAUAUUAAAUGACCUUUUAAGGGUUGUUGUU